GCCCCUAAGGGAUGGGGGAGUAGGAAAACCUGCUUGCCCUGGAGGAGGCAGAGCCCCCACAGCUUCUCCCACCAUCAGAGUACCCUGGCACAGUGUGACACAGAGCAGCACUGUGGACACACUGCCCCUCAGCCUUGAGCAGGUGACAUCCCAGCUGCCGCUGGGCCAAGGCAAGGGAACAGCAGAGCGUCCCAAGGCUGCGGAGUGCAGCAGGGAUGCUGGCAGAAGGCUUGGCAGGUCAGGGAAUGCCAUGUCAGAAGCCCCAGAUUUGGUGAGGCAGAAGCAGACAGGGCAGGUGGCAGCUGUCAACACUGACUACCACGAUGGCCGCUACCACGCGGCCGAGUCCGAGCGGUUCAAGAAGGCCAAGCUGCAUGUGGAGAAGGCCAUUAAGGAGAAGAAGAUCUUCGCAGUGCAGGGCCCUUACCCCGUCAUCCGCCGCCUGCUGCGCGCCCGCGGCUGGGUGGAGAGGAAGCUGCCCCGCAAUGGCAAACAGCUGAAGCAGCAGCCUGGCGACCAAAAGAAACAGCAGCCGGAGAGGACGGCAAGUGGCGGCAGUGAUGAGCAGGGGGAGGCAGUGCUGAACCCACCAGCAUGGCCACGCGAUAACGAGAACAAGGGGGACAGCGAUGAAGACGCGAAGGAAGGCAGCGAGCAGUGCAGUGAGGACUCUGAUGACAUCCAUGAGCUCAUGUCCGUCCUGGUGCAGGACCAGGUGCCGAACUUCCUCUGGACCAUUCGCCUCAGCAGCAUUGACCAGAAGCUGCUGCCGAGGAUUGAGAUGGUGAACCGCUACCCCCGGCUGUACGCGCUGUGCACCAAGGAGGGGCUGUGCCAAAGCCUGCAAAACUUGCCCUGGUUCCAGCAAGUGGACUUCAACACCUUUUUCCCCCGGUGCUACCGGCUGGGGAUCGAGGACGAGCAGGAAGCCUUCAUUGAGGAUUUCCGCCUGACGGCAGCUCGUAGCCUGCUCAAACUGGCCCUGCAGAAGGUCGGGGACAGGCCGGUGGGGACAGAGCAGCGCCUAAAAUCCGACAAGGUGCCAGGGCCGUGCUCCGCCCUGUGUCCCCAGCUGCUGGAGGAGGCCCUGGAGGUCUGUGAGCAGCACCUGGGCGUCCUGGGGCACCAGGACAUCGACAGGAACACCCCGUCACCCUGCCGGACGUGCAUCGACUGGGACCGCUUCCUGCAGGAAUACUACCGUGUGGCACAUGAGGAGAGCCGGCUGGUGCUGAGCAGGGAGCAGCGGGAGCAGUGCCAGGACAUGCUGCAGCGCCUGGAGGAGCAGCUGCCGCAGCUCUGCAUCGAGGGCAACCUCAACGUCUGGAUCCUCAAGCCCAGCGCCAAAUCCCGCGGCAGGGGCAUCGUGUGCGCCACGCGGCUGGAGGAGGUGCUGAAGCAGGCGCACAGCUGCACCAGCCUCUCGGCGCGGGUGUGCGAGUGGGUGGUGCAGAAGUACGUGGAGCGGCCGCUCACCAUCUUCAACACCAAGUUCGACAUCCGGCAGUGGUUCGUGGUGACCGACUGGAAGCCACUGACUGUCUGGUUCUACCGAGAGUGCUACCUGCGCUUCUGCUCCCGGCCCUUCUCGCUGUGUCACCUGGAGCCCGCCAGGCACCUCUGCAACGUCUCCGUCCAGAAGCGGUACAAAACAUUGCACCCGGACCCCCGCGUGCCGCCCGAAAAGAUCUGGUCCAACAAGCAGUUCCAGGCACACCUGGCGCAGCUGGGGCGGGCAGACGCUUGGCAGCAGGUGAUGGUGCCCGGCAUGAAGGCGGCGAUCCUGAGCGCCCUGCGCUGCGCCCGGGACCAGGUGGGCUCCCGCAAGGGCUGCUUCGAGCUCUUCGGGGCAGACUUUCUCAUCGCGGAAGACUUUCGGCCCUGGCUGCUGGAGAUCAACUCCUGCCCCACCAUGAGCCCCUCGUCGGCGGUGACCCGCCGGCUCUGCGCCAACGUCCAGCGGGACACGCUGCGCCUCGUGCUCGACCGCAAGGACAACCCCGCCUGCUCCAUCGGCGCCUUCGAGCUCCUCUACAGGGAGGCAGCCGUGGCCUCGUGUCUGCCUAUGGGGCUGAAACUGCUGGUCACAGGCUCCUCCCUGAAGAAAGCCCGGCCGGCAAAGCAUGGAUCCCAGGACAAGCUCCCCACCGCUGUACCCUGUGCUCCCCAGCUCCCUGCACCCUCAGGGGACAGAGUCACCAAGGUCCCCUGGUCCGGAGCAGCACGGGAAAAGCUGCCUCCUGGGGGGCUGCAGAGCAGCUGCUGCCCGCCCUCGCCUGACCCUCCAGCACUGCCACAGCCCUCGGACUGCUCUGCUGGGAACCAGGAGCUGCCACGGCUUCUUCACCUGGUUGAGCAGCCCGAGGAAACUCAGCCCCCAACCAGUAGCUGUCCCAUGGACAGUGUGCCUGGACCACUAACCCAGGGAGACCCUAGAAGCCUCUCACAAUCCCCAAGUUACUCUGCUACAGACCAGGAGCUGCCAUGGCUCCUUCACCUGGUGGUAGGGCAGCCCGAGAAAGCCCAGGAAAGCCCAGCCCAGGAAGCUCAAACCCAAACUUUGUCACCAAUCACUAGCCGUCCUCUGGCUAGAGGGCGUGUGCGAACACCCCGGGGAGCGACCAUGAGUUCCCCCUGGCAAUCCCCGGGCAGUUCUACCGACAGCCGGGAGCUGCCAUGGCUCCUUCACCUGGUUGGGCAACCUGAGGAUGCUCAGCCUCAGGAAGUUCAUACCCAGGAAGCUCAAACCCAGACAGUUUCAUCACCAACCACCAGCUCUCCUCUGGAGAGAGGGUCUGUGCCACUGCCCUGGGGAGCGACCAUGAGUCCCCCCUGGCAAUCCCCGGGCAGUUCUACCGACAGCCAGCAGCUGCCAUGGCUCCUUCACCUGGUUGGGCAACCUGAGGAUGCUCAGCCUCAGGAAGCUCACACCCAGGAAGCUAAGCCCAAGGCAAGUCCAUCCCCGGUCGAUAGCUGUCCCCUGGAUAGGUUGGCACUGCUCCAGGAAGAGCGCAGGCGGUCCUGGCGACCCGCGGGUUCCUCUGCCGGGAGCCAGGGAUUGCCCCAGCCCAGUCAGCCGGGCGGGCAGCCCCAGGCUGCUCGGCCCCACAUCGUUCUGCCCCCGAUCAGUGCCCGGCCCCCGGUGAGGGGGCCUGUGCCACAGCCCGGGAGAGCCCCCAGCAGACCCUGGCGACCCCCGGGCUGUGCACCAGCUCCUGCAGGCCUGGCUGCCAGGCCAGUGCGCCUGCCUGCGCUGUAACAGGAACCCCCGGCCCCUGCCUGGAACGGGAACAGCUCCCAAGAGGGUGCAGAAGACCUGGCCCACAGACACACCCCCACGAGGUGGCAGCGCCCUGCCCAUCCUGGAUGGGGGGACACAGCAGCACCCGGCUGCCUCCCACUCGAGCGAGACCCCGCUGCUGUGCCGCGGCAGCCGCCUCAACCCGCACUCCUGCUUUAAUAAACUCUCAUGAGAAGG